AUAAAUACAACAGUAUAAUUAAGCUAUAAAGAACAAUAAGAAUAAUUUUGAAACUUCUAUUCCUACAUUUUUGCUUUUCUGGUGAAUGUCAUAACAGAAACUCAAAAAAUAAAUUGUUGUGAAGUUUCGAUUAAUAAAAUAUCUGACAAUGUCCCUAAUAACACGAAGGGUUGUUGAGAGUGUCGAACUUGGGGAAGGCCCUCAUUGGGACGCCGAAACUCAAAGUUUGUAUUUUGUGGACAUUUAUGGUAAAGCUAUUCACAAAUACGUUCCCGCAACAAAGAAACAUACCAAAGCUGUGAUCGGAAUUAAUCAUGUAUCGUUGAUUAUUCCGGUGCAAGACCAAAAAAAUAAAUUCCUUAUUAGCAUAGGCCGUGAUUUAAAUAUCGUGACUUGGGAUGGAGAAAGUGAAACAGUUUCGCAUAUGGAAAAAAUUUACGAAAUUGAUAACAAACCUAACACUCUUAACAACAGAUUUAAUGACGGAAAAUGUGACGCUUUAGGACGUCUGUGGGCUGGAUCAAUGGGAGCCCAACCGGUUCCGGGACAUGUGGAACUAAAUAAAGGUUCAUUUAUCAGUUUAGAGUCUAGAGGAAAAGCCAAAACACAUCUCACAAAAGUUGGUAUUUCGAACGGACUUGCUUGGAGUUUGGACAACAACUACUUGUAUUAUAUCGACUCACAGAAAAAUACAGUUGAUCGAUACGAUUUUGAUCUCCAAAAAGGAAUAAUCUCUAAUGGCGAAAGCAUUUUUUCGUUAAAAAAGGCUAACCUCACUGGUAUAUUAGACGGUAUGACCAUUGACACUGAUGGCAAUUUAUGGAUUGCAAAUUUUGGAGGUGGUCGUGUACUCAAAGUAGACCCAAGAAGUCCCCAACGUCUCCUGAAUAUGAUUGAGAUGCCGGCACAUCAAGUUACUUCUGUAGCUUUCGGGGGGGCUAAUUUAGACCAACUUUUUGUCACUACCGCGGGACUUACAACAGAUGGAGUGGCUUAUCCGCCCCCCAAUAAUGGAGCUACGUAUGUUAUAACAGGGACAGAGGCCAAAGGACUUCCAGGAAUAAGAUUUAAAUUGUAAAAAAUCCUGUAUUAAAUAAAGUGUGACCAACUAACAG